AUGAAGCACCUUUGUGUGCGGGCGGCCUGGCCCGUCUAUGGCAGAUGGAUGAAGCGAUGGAUCGCCAACGCGGCUGCUCCCCUUGUGAUGUCUUGCCCUGAUGAACCAGCAGCCGGGACGAGCACAGACACCCGCCCCCGCUGCCGUUUCAACCACUUGAAUCAGUGGGUUCCGCCCCUUUCACCAUCUGUGUGUGUGUGUGUGUGUGUGUGUGUGUGUGUUGUCAUCAAUCAGUCAGUCAGUGGGCGUUUGGUACAGAGGGGCAUAGGACGUAGCAGUUCUCUCUCGUUCGCUCUGAAUGGCUGUGUAUCUCUUUACGACUCUCUGAAUGAAACACUGGAUCCCUUCAUCUCUCUUAUUCUCUUCUCUCGUCUUCCUCAAGCUCUUCUUUACCUCGCUCGCAACGCUUCCUCUCUGUCGCCUUCAAGAAAAUCCCCUCUCUCUCUGUCUCUAACACUUACUUUCUCUCUCACUCACUCACUCUCUCUCGCUCUCUCUCUCACUUUCUCUCUCUCUCUCUCUCUCUCUCUCUCUCUCUCUCUCUCUCUCUCUCUCUCGUUCUCUCUCUCUCUCUGCUCCACCAGGUGGCAGCCAGCCGUGCCGUGCCGUCGAUGGAUUGAUGAGGGAGCACGCGAGCUGCCAGGACCUUCUGUUUGUGGUGAUUGGACCAUGGCUGCACGCCAGCCCGAGGUGCCGCCGUCAUUGGAUGAGCUGCGCCGACGUCAUGGCACUGCACCGCCCCCCGUGGCCUCUGCAACGCCAGAGCCCUCACAACCGGCGCUCGUGCCCAGCGAUCUGCUCGGCGCUCUCAAGGCCAGCGAGCUGCACCUCUCCAGCGAGGAACUGAUUGAAGUCAUGAAUCGCGUCAAGGCCGGCAACAUCUCCGUUGACGAUGCUGUUGCCGAGGUCCUGGCCGUCAACCGAGGCCGCAGCAACUCUCAGCCCGAACUCCCAGCCUCCCCUCCCCCACCUGCCCAGACCGCGACCCCUGCCACCGAAAGCCAUACCACCACCAAGACCACCAAGACCACCAACGCCAACACCAACACCAACAUCAACAACUCUGCCAGCAAUACCGCCACCACCGCCGGUCAGGGCAAUCCAACACUAGCGCCCGCCGUCCCUCCAAAACCAGCGGCCAAACCUAAAACCACCGCCCCGGAUGCAUCCACGCGCUCGCACCCCAUGGGCCCACCACCCGUCAACGCCCCCGUCAAACAUCUGACCAACGAUGAACAACUGCGCGUCUUCCGUCAAGUCAAGUGCGGUGACAUGACCGUCGACGAUGCUCUGGCCUACGUUCAAACCCUUUCCCACACCCCGCCCCAGACCACAGCCUCAUCUCCGCCACCCCCAGCCGAUCAUGAGGCCUCCCUCCUCCAUGCGCUUGCCAAAGCCGGUGCCCAUGUCGAUGCCCUGCAUGAGACCCGCCGCCCCGAGCCCCCUGCUCGCGCAUCGCCCACCCCCCAGCACCCCACGGCCCAUGACACUGAUCAACAUGACCAUGACCUCGAGCCAGCCGGCCCGCACGACAACAGUGGCCCUGAGAUCUCACCUUCUUCCGACUCGGUGCCCAACGCCACCCCCGAACCAGAUUGUGAAGCCCCUACCGCCGCUCUUUCCCAGGUCGAAGUGCAGGAGGUACUCCACAUUUACGGCCUGUCUGCCCAUUUAGACAACGACGCCGCCGCAGACUCUGACCUCAGCCUCAACUCUCAGCGACCAGAUGCCGAUGCCCCUGCCCUCUCUGCCCUGACGCCAAAUCCCACCGUGGCUCCCCGUGUCUCCUUGCUCCUCAAUCGCCACCGCCACCGCACAGCCCUCGUGCCCCUGCCCCACACCCUGCCCGAACUCCUGGCCAUUGCCUCGCGCCAGCUCCAAUGCCACGCCAAGCGUAUCUACCUCCUCAAUGGUACCCACGUUCAAGAUCUUGCCUGUCUCAGGGACGAGGACACCCUUGUCGUCACCGAGGGAGAAAGUUUUCGCAAAGCCGGACGCUGGACCUCCCUCACAUCCCUCGACUCGCUUGCCAGCAACACCGUGGCCAUGCCCGAUGGCCCACGCACCAGCUCGGCAGGCCGUCAGCAAUGGAUCAAGCUUAACGUCGGAGGACGCAUCUUCCAAACAACCCUCGAGACCCUCACCCGUUGGGAAGACUCCAUGCUGGCCACCAUGUUUCUGUCGGAUCACUGGGAAAGCACGAUGGAUGACAAUGGAUGCCAUCUGCUCGACCGUAACCCCCGAUACUUUGAGCCCUUGCUGGGCUUUAUGCGAGAUGGUGUCCUCACACUCGACCCCGGCCUGAGCCGUCGCGGGGUGCUCGCCGAAGCCCACUUUUUUGGUCUCUGGGCAGCCAUUGAUAUUCUUGAACCCCUGGCUCGCGAAGAGGCUAUCCAGGACCAGGAGCAGCCCCCGAUUCGCCGCGGCGAACUGGUCGGUGCCAGAAAGCCGGGUCCCGCAUGUCUUGGAGCGCGACUGCGCUGCAUGCCGCUCUGCCUCACAGCUGUUUCGCACUGCCAGGCACGCAUGCUGCUCGUGGCCCCUUCUCAGGAAGCACUGCGAGCCCAGGGCCUCAACUUUGAAGGCUCUGACCUUUCCAAGAUGGACUUGCGCAACAUCAACUUUCGGUUUGCCAACCUCAAUGAUUGCGACCUGAGCAACUCUCAGCUUCAGGGCUGCAACUUUGAAGGGGCAUCCCUCAAGAACGCGCGAUUGGACAACUGUGACUUGCGCGGCUGCAACUUUUCCCGCACCAUCCUUGACAACGCUUCCGUCAUCAACGGCACCUUUCAUGAUCCCUCCCGAAUCCUGCCACGGUGUAGUUUUGAGGGUGCCUCAUGCCGAGGAUGCGACUUUGAAGACUCCAACUUUGAAGACGCAAACAUGCGCGUGGCCAGCUUCAAGGGCGCUUCCUUGCGCAAUUGCAAUCUUCGCUCUUGCAACCUGGCUGGGUCAGAUCUCAGCGAGUGUGAUCUCUCUGGCUGCAAUCUCCAAGGCACAAACCUUCGCGGCACCAACACACAACGUGCUAAAUUUCACAAGAUCAGUACGGCGAUUCACAGCACCGCAUUCGUCGACCAGUACCCGCGCCAGGCUAGUGCUCGCAAUUAG